UGCUGGGAAGAGAAACCCGACAACCCGGAACCGGAAGUUAAACUCUGAAUGUCAAAUGUAGCAUGGACAAUCGCAGUUCGUAAGUCAAUGUAAAAAAUGUCCAGCUACUCUUUGUUUGGGGUUUCUUUAUUAACAAAACACAUAGCAAACAGUGUGCUACUAACGCUACGUAAGAAUAACCUAUGCAACAGAUUCCAAGCGUGCGGCUAUGCGAAAAAAGCAGCGGCCAAAGGCAAAGGAAAAGGUUUUGUGAAAGAGGAGCUGAAAGGUCCAGAGGUGUGCAGAGAUCCAGUCAGACUGACCACGUAUGCGGUGGGGGCCAACAUCUACAAACAAGGAGAAGACCCCAAACUGAAGCCGCCUGAAGAGUACCCAGACUGGCUCUUCCACUUGAACCUGGGUCCACCCCCUGCGCUUCACGAACUGGAGGAAGAGAGCUGGGAAUACUGGAAGCGUCUCCGAAAAGAAAACAUUUGGCGUCACAACAGAUUAAGCAAAGGAAAGAAGUUUUAGAGUGUCAUCCACUGGACUGGAUGGGACGGUCCCGGACAACCACCACCGUGGUUCUGCAUGGUCUUGCUGAAGAAACUGUUGAUUUGUUGACAAUGAUGGCUUGUUCUUCAGCCCAUGUGUAUGCUGGCAGAUUACAUGUUUUCUUUUGACCCUCUCUGAUUAAAGCAUCCCUCAAUAACUUUCCCUCAUUGUUUCACUCGAUUUUGCUUUAGUUUGGUCUGAUCUUUCUCAGGACCAGGGGUGCAAACCUACUGCAAGCUGGCGACACAAGAGCACGCCAAUGUUUGACCGUGAUUGUGGGACGUCCGCUGAUAAUUAAGGAUCAACCGAUACAUCAGCCGGCCGAUAUAUCGGGCCGAUAUUUGCGCUCCGAGCACGCAAGCACACACACAGAGAAGGAAUUGGAGCAGCCGUGUCUGCUUAUGAGAGGUCUUUAGCGUGCACAACACGAACUUUAAUGAGAAAUGUUUUAUAUAUCGUACUAAAUUGUGUCAGUGUGAUGUGUUUAUGUGUGUGGAGGCGGAGGAGCAGUUAUCACAUUGAUGUUAGAUAAAACUUAAACUACGACAGAAAUGUUUUGCACAUGGUUGAAUAUUUAGUCCUUUUAAAGUUGAUAAUGCCGUUUAAAUGUGUGUUUAAGA